AUGGCGUUCGUGGACCUCGAAAAGGCAUUUGACCGUGGCCCUCGGAAGGUGAUCUGGUGGGCACUGCGAAAACUUGGUGUGGAAGAGUGGAUUGUGCGUCUGGUGCAGGGGAUGUAUGCAAAUGCCCGUAGCUGUGUCCGCGUUGGUGAUGGCUACAGUGAGGAGUUUGCUGUGAGGGUCGGAGUCCAUCAGGGGUCAGUACUCGGCCCUCUGCUUUUCAUCAUCGUACUCGAGGCUCUUUCACGCGAAUUUCGCGCCGGUGUUCCCUGGGAGGAUCUGUAUGCAGAUGACCUGGUUAUCAUUACUGACUCGUUGGAUGAAUGUGUCAAGAGGCUUCUGACUUGGAAAGAAGCUAUGGAAAGGACAGGAUGCAGGCAAAACCAAGAUCAUGAUCUGCGAUGUUCAAGAUGCAGAGGAACUGCUCGCCAUCUUGACGUCAGGCCGCAGAGUGAUAUCCAAGUUGGUCUAGACAAGUUGGAGGUUGUAGGCUCCUUCUGCUACCUCGGAGACAUGCUUUCCGCAGCUGGUGGCUGUGACCUUGCAGCCACUACGCGUGUGAAGACUGCUUGGAAGAAGUUCAGGGAGCUGCUACCAGUCCUGACAUCACGCCACCUGUCGUAUAAGACCCGUGGUCGAGUGUUUAACACCUGUGUACGGAGCGCUAUGCUCCAUGCCAGUGAGACCUGGGCACUGACCAAGCCAAAUCUUCAUCGCCUAAUACGCAAUGACAGGGCCAUGAUAAGACAGAUCUGUAACAUCAAGCCUGAAGAUAUGGCCACUGUAAGUUCAACUGAAUUGCAGGGGCGGCUUGUCAUCGACGACAUCGACCUCAUCUUAAGGGAAAGGAGACUCCGCUGGUAUGGCCACGUUGUCAGAUCCAGCAGUGCAGUCAAGCUCAUUUCACAACAGGUUAUUGGAGACAGUAAGAAACAUGUGACACUGAAUGACUGUGAAUAA